UUACAUAUCCAUCUCCAACAGUCCAUACUCCACCAAAACUACCUUCCCUUGUAAUGGCUGCUGUAAUAGAUGAUCCGGUGCUCUUAUCGGGAUCCGCAACAACUGCGAAGAUAAGUUAUCGUAAGCGGCAAUUGGUUCAAUGGCCAGAAAACAUUAGAGUAUGCGACGUUGAAGCAUUUCAAUUCGAUCGGAUAAGAAAGCGAAGGGGGAAGUAUGGGAGGCUGAUCCCAUUGGCAUUAAAAAAAGUUUCGACCAACAUUGUUGGAUAA